AUGAAGUUCAACUCUGCCGACUUUCCGAUUAUGAAGAGGAUGUUGGUGGCUCGGGAGGAAGGGAUAUACUAUGAGAUGGAGAAGAACAGCCUGGCCGAUACAUGGGAUAGGUUGCUGGAGUAUUACAGCGAAAAGAUCCUAGAGGAGCACAAAGAAGAGAUUGAAGAAGAGGAGCUUUACAGAAUACUUUGCAAGGCAAGGGUGGAAGCGGAAACAGGGAGAAGGGUAUAUGAGCUAAUUGAUAAAGAUGUGCUUGAGACACACAAAGUGAAACCACGGAGUGUAGACAGGUGUGAAUUCAAGACAUAUAUUCUGGACUCGUGCAUCAGGAUAUUAAGAAAGGGGAUUUCUGAACUUAAAGAUGGGAUUGAAAAGGAAUCAAGAGUCUGGUCAAAAGUGGAAGGAGCUAGCAUGCCUGUAAGGCUAGUGAGAGGAAAGGUUCAAGUCUAUGUAACAGAGACGGAAUAUCUAGUAGUGAAUGAGGAAGGAGACUAUGUUUACCCAAGUGAUUGGAAUGCUCAAGGAGUGACAUGCAAGAUUAGAUAUAUGGAUGUUCAUUUGGAAUGUUCUGUGCUUCCAAGGAACAGCAUGGAUAAGAUAGAAAUGGUUAAGGAGUACUUUCUUGAAAGAUCAAUUAUUCAGAAAUUUAUUCGAAAUGACAUUGAGAUCGAGAUAACUCCAAUGGAAAAUCCUUCGGAAAGGGAAGACAUAAUCUGCAAGUAUGUAGUUUGCCAUCUAAAGAGAGGAAAGAGCAUCAAAGAGAUAUUUGAAAAAGUCAAUCUCUAUCUUUCAAGAAAGCUUGUUGAUAUCAUUGUCUCUGGAAGUAAGAAAUGCACUGUCUUAAGGUACAGUGGCCAUGUUCUUGAGGACGGAUUACCCGAGGUAUUUUUUGUACUUACGGAUAACAAGGUCGUCAAAGCCAUGAGACAACAGCCAGGGAAGUUUGAGAUAUUUGUAAAUGAAGUUCCGAUUAGAUCCUUUCGAAAUUAUAUCUCAAGAGAGGAGCCUUGA